ACCUGGCUGGGCAACCGUCCUAGAGACUGACGCUGCUCGCAGGCUCCGACAUGGACGUAAUCUACCCUCUGGCGGUGCCCAAGAGGCGCCGGCUCUGCUGCGAGGUGUGCGAAGCCCCGGCCGAGCGGGUGUGCACGGCCUGCACUGUCACCUAUUACUGUGGUGUGGCACAUCAAAAAGCUGACUGGAGCAGCAUCCAUCAGAAGAUAUGUCAGCUCCUGAUUCCACUGCGCACUUCCAUGCCCUUCUACAAUUCAGAAGAAGAAAGGCAGCACGGCCUGCAGCAGCUGCUGAAACGACAGAAGCACUUGAUUGAAUUCUGCUACACUGUUGCCCAGAAAUAUCUUUUUGAAGGAAAACACGAAGAUGCUGUCCCAGCUGCUUUGCACUCCCUUCGCUUCCGCAGGAAUGUGCAUGGCCUGAGUUCAGUAGAGCUUGUGCCUGCUUACUUGCUGUUAGCUGAGGCCAGCCUUGGUCUGGGCCGGAUCAUUCAGGCUGAAGAAUACCUAUCGCAAGCCCAGUGCACAGUCCUCAAGUCAACUGAGUGUAGUAACGCCACUCAUUCUUUACUGCAUCGGAACCUGGGACUUCUUUAUAUAGCCAAGAAGAACUAUGAGGAAGCCCGUUAUCACCUAGCCAAUGAUAUUUAUUUUGCCAGUUGUGCAUUUGGAACAGAGGACAUCAGGACUUCAGGAGGAUACUUCCACCUGGCUAAUAUCUUCUAUGACCUUAACAAGUUGGACUUAGCAGACACACUAUACACUAAGGUCUCAGAGAUCUGGCAUAAAUAUUUGGACAAUCACUAUCAAGUCCUCUCAAAGGAUCGCAUCCAACAAAUAGAUUUACUGGGCAGACACUUUGUAAAUGACACUGGCUUGGAUGAAGCUCAGGAAGCAGAAGCCAUUCGGAUCCUGACUUCGGUCUUGAACAUUAGAGAAUCUACUUCUGCCAGAGCUCCCCAAAAAACUAUCUUUGUUCUGAAAACCUUGGUCAUGCUCUACCACCUGAUGAAUUCUUCAAAGGCAAAGGAAUAUGCCACAAGAGCCCUCAAUCUAGCCAGAGAACAGCUAGAUGUCCAAGAGCAAACUGGUAUUGAAGAGUUACUAUCUCUCAUCUCAACUGAAGAAGAUCUUCCUGUUACCUAGUGACCUAUGAGCUCUGUGUCAGGGCCUAAUACAUCAUACCUCUUACAGCUGCUCUGAGGUACUCUGGGUUGGUGACAUUUCCACUCUUUGCCCCUAGGACUGUGAAUAUAGCUGUGAUUUUUAUUAGUGUAUGUGAGGGAAUAGUGUAUAGAGCUUUAGGCAUAGAAAUCAGUAAAACUUUUAUCAUGACCUUUCACAUGGUUUAUCAUGAUUUUGUAUGGCUUUGAGUAACAUGUA